AUGGCCACUCAAAAGAAAUACAUCUGUGCCUUUUGUGCCAGAGCAUUCACUCGAUCAGAACAUAAACAACGUCAUGAACGAUCACAUACAAAUGAAAAACCAUUCCAUUGUUUACAUUGUACCAGUAGUUUUGUUAGAAGAGAUUUAUUACAACGUCAUUGUCGUACUGUUCAUAAUAGUCAAUUAAACCCCAAUACAUUACCUUCUAAUAAAUCAUUAAAUAACCCAACUAGUCACGCUUUAACUGUUACAUCAACUAGUGGUUCUACUUCUUCAAAUUCAAGUGAUUCAUUACCUGCUAGUCCUACCAAUCAAUCAAUGGUUGCACCACCACCACCUGCUGCUGGUCAGCAUGGUGGUCCACUUAUUCAUCAUCAGAUUCCUCAACCUUUGUUGGCACAACGGUCACCUACUCAAUUCAAUCAGAAAUUACAUCAACAAUUGGCAGCUGCUACUUCUCAAAAUCAUUUUUCUUUAGGAUAUGCUGAAGCUGUAUUAGAUACUCCAAUGACUCCGGCAAAUACCAGAAGAGAUUCAAUAAGUACUACCACAUCAACCACUGCCAAUAAGAGAAGAAAGAAAUCAGUAGUUGAAGAUACAUUUGAUCAUUCUCAUCAUUCACAUUCAGCACAUGCUAAAGAUUUGGCUAGUCAUGAUUUAAUUCAUUUAUUAUCCAUAACCAAGAAACUUGAAAAUACUUUAAUAAAAUUCGAUCCAACUAAUGCCAACCAUUCUUUAUCGGAUCAUUUCUUGAUUGGGUAUAUCACUUUAUCAAAACUGGCAAAGAAGGAAUAUAAAAUAUUUGAUAAGAUUUUGAAAGAUUUGAUUUAUAAUUUGAAUUCGUUUUAUAAUAAUAGUAACGGUAAUAAUAGUCAGAACGGGAUGACAUCUCCAAAAUCAGGUGGGAAUGGUAAUGGUGCUGGUGGAGAACCUAAUAAUUUCAAAAUUGGUAUUAUCUAUUCAAUAAUCUCUUUAGGAUUCAUUAUGAAUAAGAAUCCGAGUCGGGCUACUCGAUUCUUUAAAAAGAGUUGGAAUUUAUUGAUAAAGAAAUUGAUUCCACAAUAUAAUAAUAAUAAUAAUUUAUUGGAUCAGAUUGGAAUCUUGACGAAUUUGUUUAUGUUGAGUUAUAUUUAUUUGAAUUAUGAUUUAGAAUCUUAUAAUAUCAAUGAGAAUGAUGAGAAUGAUAUGGUGAUGCAACUGAUGGAUGACAAUGAAGGAGAAGUGUAUAUCAAUAAUGAAGUCAUAUUGAAUUAUCUUAAUGAUAUUAGUUUUAUCAUUAUAUCAAACUUAAAGGAUUUAAACAGUGCUAAUGAUAAUUUGGUAGAUUUGAAUAUUAAUUUAUUUUGGACCAUUUAUAUUAUGUUAUCGACAUAUAUUAAACAAACCCCACCAAAGAUAUAUCUGUUCUUUUUCAAUAAGAUUGUCAAGGGGAAUGAAACUUUAUUAUCAUUGAUGAAUAAAUUCCUGAAAUCAUUUAUUAAUAUGGAUAGUAAUGCUUCUGGACUGAAUAAUGAUGAAUUCUUAAAAAUGAUUAUUGUGACUACUUUAUCCAAUGAAUUGAAACGUCACACCAAUGGAGAAGUCGCGGGGAAUAAUCACGAAGAUAUUCCACUUCUUUAUGAAUCCAAAAAUUGUCUUCAUAAUUCAAUCAUCCUAAUUAACAAAUCCAUAAACUUCCACUCCACCAUCCAUCGCUCAUCAUCAGAAGAUGACUCAGAUACUUCCUCCUCUGCCAUCAAGUUAUUCGAAUUAUUCAAGAAGAACAUCAUCAUCAAUAGUCCACUCAAAUUCCAUGAAUUAUUAAACAACUAUCUAUUCAUCCCCCUGAAAUAUUAUAAUUGGGAAUUACUCUCCCUCACCCUCCAAGAAAUCAACAUGAACUCUCCACUAUCCCGCCAACUCAUCCUCGAUACCAUUGGAGACCCAAAUCUCACGCCAAAUCUUGAAUCUUCCCUCCGAGCCUUUUUCAACUUCAAAACCUGCCCCUUGGAUAUCAAUAAUAACUUAUCGAUAAUUUCAUACCCCUUGGUUUUCUUUGCUAAUUAUUUAAAUUUGGGAUUGGUUGAUUUGUCAGGAUUUAAUUUCUUGGAAUUGACUCAGGUGAAUUUGUUUAUGGUGGAAUGGUAUUGUAUUAUGCAUAAAGUGUUGAUUAUGAUUUGGUCGAAUCAUGAAUUAUUUGAUGAGAAUUAUGUUUUGCUGAAUUUGAUAUAUUUGUUGUUGGAUAAUAAGGGGAGUUUGUUACAUAAAUUGAAUUUAGAGAAUAGUAGUUCUAUUGGGUUGGAUAGAGGUAAUGAUGGGGAAGAGUUUCAAUUCAAUCAGAAAUGGUUUUGGAUAUUGAAAUUGAAAUUUCAAUCGAUUUUUGAAACUUGGUUGAAUUUCAUUAAAUUGAAUAAUAAUUCAAAUGUUCAUUUUAAUAAUAAUUUAUCAAUAUUGAAAUUGAAUAUCUCGAAAUUCAUAAAUGAAUAUCUUUCAACUGAAGGUCUUAAAUUUAUAGUGGAAGAAGAAUCACAACAAAUCACUCCACCCAUAAAACAUCAAUCCCAACCACACCUCCAACAACACCAAUCCCAACCACAACUCCAACAACAACAAAUGUCAUUCGGAAUGACACCAACCUCAUCUAGCAACUACAUCCCUCUCCAACAACAACCACUGUACAACUUUUCCACAUCAACAACCUUCCCCGACUACGACCCUCACUCCCGCUACACCGCCACCACCAUGGGUCCCUCCACCACUUCCAAACGAUCCAAUUCCAUCACACUAGGACUCUUGGCGCAAACCAUCCAAGACGAAGCUCGAUCUCCCAUGACAGGCGCCCUUCUGACGUCGAGCUCGGCCAGUUCGAUCAAACCACCCGCCAUGUCGCAUCAUCAUCUGAUUUCAAGUAUGCUGGGCAUUACGAUGCAGAGUUCAAAUCUGGGUGGGAAUGGAAAUGGAGGGAAUAAUGGGGGAAAGAUGAGUUAUUAUAGUAAUUAUUCGACAUAUCCCCCUCCACCACCUAUUUUGUCGUCUAUGAAUAGUGGUAGUAGUGGUGUUGGGGGGAAUAAGGAUAGUGUGUUGUUGUUGCCGCCGAUUUUGGCGAGUGAGGGUAGUAAUAGUGGUGCUGGUGGGAGGAGACAGGAGGAGAAGUUGGUUGGAGGUGCAGGUGGGAUGAUGAAGAAGGAUUAA